CGGCGCGGGGAGCGCGGGGGCGGCGGCGAGCGGGCGGCGGCGGCGCGGGGCGCAGAUCAGAGCGGUCCUGGCUCAGACCUUCACCAUCUCCCUACGGAUGUGAGCGCCGAAAAUUGCAUCUCCCGGAUCAGCAGGUCCUCACCGCCCCACAAAGCCAUCCUGGCCACCAGCCCCACCUCGACCUGCCAAGGCUCCGUGUUCCCCUUCAUGGCAAUGCCACAGAAUUCAACUGCAGAGAAUGGCUUUUGUUUUGCUCAGACACUCGACUUCUCCUGCCCAUCCCCUCCUCCCUGCAAGCCCAGCCAGACCUUCGAUGCCUCAAGCGGGCGGGAGCCCCGCGGCACUGCACUGAGCAACGGCACCGCAUCCUCCGGCGCACACAGCCCCGCCGACUCGUGCGCCGAGCCCCUCUGCUCCGCCACCCCAGGGGACGAGGAGACCCAGUUCAACGAAGGGAUUAAAUAUGUGUCGGCCGAAGGGGAGGAACUGGCGUGUGGCUGGGGGGGGUUCACCCCCAGAUGCUUGCAGCUCUGUAACACCUCUAAGGGCGUCUUGUUCUUCCUCUGUGUGGCCUCCUUCCUGCAAGGCAUGACAGUGAACGGCUUCAUCAACACGGUCAUCACUUCCAUCGAGCGACGCUUCGACCUCCGUAGCUACCAGAGCGGGCUGAUCGCCAGCUCCUACGACAUCGCAGCAUGUGUCUGCUUGACCUUCGUCAGCUAUUUUGGAGGAAACGGCCACAAACCGCGAUGGCUGGGCUGGGGUGUGCUGGUCAUGGGCUUGGGCUCCCUACUCUUCGCCUUGCCCCACUUCACCACGGGACAGUACGAGGCACAUUCGGCGGCGGAGGUGGGCGUCUGCGGGGGAAACCAGAGCCUGCCCUGUGCCCAGGCUGCCUCCAGCCUCUCCAGCUACAGGUUCGUCUUCAUGCUGGGGCAGUUCCUGCACGGGAUGGGAGCCACGCCACUCUACACACUCGGCGUCACCUAUUUAGAUGAAAACGUCAAGACUAACUACUCCCCUGUGUACAUUGCUGUUUUCUACACUGCUGCAAUCCUUGGGCCUGCAGCGGGUUAUCUGGUAGGAGGAAUGUUUCUAAAUAUUUAUACUGAAAUUGGCAGAGAGAUCGACAUCACCCCGGAGAACACGCUGUGGGUGGGAGCAUGGUGGAUCGGCUUCCUCGGGGCCGGAGCAGCCUCCCUCCUCAUCUCCAUCCCCAUCCUGGGGUACCCCCACCGCCUCCCAGGAUCCCAGCGGUAUAUCGUUAUGAGGGUGUCAGAGGCUCAUCAGCUAAAGGAUGGGAGCCACAAAAAAGCAUCGGAUCCAGACUUUGGGAAAACAGUUAAAGAUCUGCCUCGAUCAGUACUGCUGCUUCUGAAGAAUCCCACCUUCAUCUUCCUCUGCUUAGCGGGAGCGACUGAAGCCACCCUCAUUGCUGGGAUGUCCACAUUUGGACCCAAGUUCCUGGAGUCUCAGUUUAGUUUAAGUGCCUCUGAAGCUGCUACUUUUUUUGGUUAUUUGGUUGUACCAGCUGGAGGGGGAGGCACGUUCCUGGGAGGAUUCCUUGUGAAUAAAUUUAAACUCCGCUGUUCAGGAAUCAUCAAAUUAUGUUUACUUUGCACAGUGUCAAGUCUGCUGGCUAUAUUCAUUUUUUUUAUUCACUGCCCUAACAUGCCGAUGGCAGGAGUAACCCAGACGUACGAGGGAAGUGUUUUGCCUGGUGGCCACCUCAACCUGACAGCAGCCUGCAACACCAACUGUGGCUGUCUACAGGAGACCUACAGCCCUGUCUGUGGGAGCGAUGACAUUAUGUAUUACUCUCCCUGCCAUGCCGGGUGCAAAAAACUGUCUGAAAACCUCAGGAACGGCAAGAAGGUCUACCUGCAUUGUAGCUGCAUUGACAAAACCCUCCUGCCCGGCCCCGGCGACGCAGAGGCAGGGAAAUGCACCUCCUCUUGUGCGAAAAAGCCCCUACUCCUGUUCUUCAUGUUCAUGGUGAUCCUCUUCACCUUCCUGAGCAGUAUUCCUGCCCUGACUGCCACUCUGCGGUGUGUCUCUGACAGGCAAAGGUCAUUUGCACUUGGGAUCCAGUGGAUUGUAGUACGAACGCUAGGAGGCAUCCCUGGCCCCAUCGCCUUUGGGUCCAUGAUCGAUAAAUCCUGCCUGCUCUGGCAGGACCAGUGUGGUGAGCAAGGUUCUUGUUACGUUUACCAGAACUCAGCCAUGAGCCGGUACACCCUCAUCGCUGGACUGGUCUACAAGGUGCUUGGGACAACCUUCUUUAUAGUCGCCUGUUUACUCUACAAACCUCCACCGCCAGAGUCGGCUCCAGGCAGCUCGGAUGCAUCUGACAGUGGCAACGGUGACCUCCAGGAACACAAACCUUCGCUGCCGGCUGGGGAGGAUAUGUAGCACUCUACGCGUGCGAGUGACUUUCUCAGUCUCAAAGAUACGACGAGAAGACGUUAUGCAGUCCCUAGGGGGUUUUAAAUUAAUAGUAAUAUCACUUUUUUUAGUUCAAGAUAAUUAAAUUAACCACUGGUGUGCUUCCUAUUUUCUUAACAGCAGAAGCACAUUUAAAAUCGUGCGCUGAUGCCAUAUGCAGUUAUUUAAUUUUCUUUAAAGGGCUACCGUAGCUUUAUUCAUGUCUGUGACAAGCAAGGACCGCGUUCUCCACUCGUGGAAAUGAGCACCAGUAACUCCAAUGGAGCAUGUGAGGUUUAAACCACCAGAAGAUCUGGGCCCUAAUGUCUCAAUCGAAAAGCCAACUGUAGCAAAACUUCUGUCGAGACUUCCUAAGGCUGAAAAGAGCCCUGCUGUCCUGCAGCCUGUGCGGCAAAGGGGACAGCUGGCCCUAAAACUACUGUAUGCAAAGCAGACGGCCCUGACAGUGUCCUCCUCCUUCCUGUGACACAGCAUCGCUCCUUUUGUUCAGGAGCAGAUUAUCUAAUUAUGCAAACUGAUAUUACUGUGCAAUGGGAAGUAGAUUUGAGGGGAGAUUUGUCUAGCAAAUCCAUCAGUACACUACAGGCAGCCACCCCUGAGAGCUGCCGAGCACUGUAUGUUCACUGCCUCGUUUCAUUGCAGGGUUUACACCGUGGUGACACUUCAUUUUUUAAUUUUUUUUUUCUUGCAUUGUCUUAAGGUGAUGCCUUUUGUAAUGUACUGUGCAAAACUUGAAUUUCUUGCUGUUUGUUGGGUGUGGGAAGACAUGAUACAGAUCUAUGCAAUGCUUCUCUUCAGUUGCUCUGUAAAGGCAUUGGGUUGGGGUAGAUGAGAAAAGUCAGAAUGAAUUUCGUUUGUCUCUAGACCUCUAGCUUAAGGGAUAGCUUGUCCUCACAACAGACUGCCUCGUGGGAAGGGGAUGCUGACUUGGAACUGGCCUGCUUGCAACUAGAGAGGGCAGCAUUCCCAAAAUGACCUUUGAAUGUGCACUUGCAAUAUUGACCAGGACCUUUCUGAGGGGGAAAAGUGGAAUUUGGGCAGGCAUAUGUCUGGCUUCCCUCUCAACCCAGAUCAGAUUAGCGCUUAGUCUGCCUGUAUUUGCACAGCCACAUGAUCCAGGUACAGCUCCGGGGAGGGCUGUGGCCAGGCCCUGGAGCCCAAUACUGUAUUAACUGCAUUCACGGGGACGGGACCUACGUUACUGAGCUGCAAAACUGGCACUUCUUCUGUGCCAGCUGCUACUUAGAAUUACUUUGUAGGUGUUUUUGUAUAUUUUGUGUAUUUAUGCUUUCAUAAACGGAGACGGGAUAGGCAUUUGAUUACUUUGUUAGCAAAGGACCACCUCAGAGCAGACAGGGAUGACGGCACUGAGAGUGUGGUCCAUCUUCAGGUCGAUGGUGGUCAAGAAAGCAACUUCUUCCAUUCACAGAUCCCCUUCCACCAAAGCUAGGUAGUGACCUUGCCACUUCCAAAGCUCUUGCUUCCCAGCCUCUGUCGAGAACUGGGAGAGACUUGAGCAUCUCCGGUAACUGCUGGAAAAACUGCAAGUGCUCAGGGUGAGAUGGGGGUGGGGGUGGCUUUUGGCUGCUUGCACACGGGCCGCUGGUGCAGUGCAGCACAGCUUGGAUGGCGCACAGCCUGCAGGAGAGCCCUGUUUUUCCAGGGAGGCAGGAUUAGACCCGCUGAUGCAGGAGUUAACCCAAACAGCAAAGGCUUCUUCCCAACCUCCAGCUGGGUUUGGAGCUACCUGCAAACGUGAGCCUCUCUCCAGCCGUUGCCCAGUGAUUGCCCUUCCCAGCUUACAGACGCGUUGGGUACGAGCAGGGAUCUUCAAUGGGGAAAAUGCAUGAAUGUAUUUUGGGAACAUAUUUUAUGUAUGACAUAUUUAUGAAAGGUAGAAGUUUUUCUUAAUAUAUUAUGGAUAUUGCAAUGCAAUUCUAGUGUUUCUAAAAUAAGCUUUAUCUGAGUGUGGUGUUUUCAGAGUAAAAGAAAAGCUUGUGGGAUUCUGGCAUUUAUUGUGUUGCUGUGGGACUGGUAAGUCAUGGGCUUAAGUAAGCAGCAACAAGGCGUUCCUGUUCCAUAAACAGGUUGUGUAGGUGUACAGGUAACGUAAAAUAUUUGAAAGUAUGUUUCCCAGUCUCAUAUGAAGUAUUAUAUUGCUAUAAAAGCAUAAGAAAUAUAAUCAGUAUU